CAGUGUCCAGCUCUCCUGUUGCUUUCAGCCUCUUGGGAAUUUGUUUGUGGGUCCGAGGUGGGGUUUGGCAGGAAGUGAUGGAUCUCGUGGAGUGACUGUCUGACGUGUUGUGGAUCGGUGAUUGGCAGCCCCCGUUCCCUCUUAGCUGCAGGGCUCAGCUACCAGAGCUCUCGGGACAGCGUCCCAAGGGGCUCUUUUCCUGCUGCUUUAGAAUGGAGACUGAUUGCAAUCCUAUGGAGUUGCCCAAUAAUACAGGAUUUGAAGAGGAUUCUGAUUAUACAGACUUUGAAGGAACAGAAGUGAAAGAUAUGAGACUUGAAGCUGAAGCUGUUGUGAAUGAUGUUUUGUUCGCUGUCAGGAACAUGUUUGUCUCAAAAACCCUUCCCUGUGCAGAGGAUGUGGCAUAUAUCAAUGUGGAAACCAGAGAAAGGAACAGGUACUGCCUGGAGCUCACUGAAGCAGGACUCAGGGUAGUAGCUUAUGAUUUUGAUCAGACUGAUGACAGACUGCAAACUCCAUACCAUGAAACUGUCUACUCCUUAUUGGACUCUCUCAGCCCUGCAUAUCGAGAGGUGUUUGGAAAUGCGUUACUACAAAGACUAGAAGCUUUGAAGAAAGAAAGUCAGUCAUGAUUUACCCACAUAUGAGGAAGUUUUAGUGCCAGAAAGAAUUCUUGGUAUGAAGCACUUAGAUCUUCCUUACAGACAUCCUAAGCUUCAUUUCUUGCAUUAAGGUCUAAUUCAUACUAGUAUAUUAUUAUAUAACAUCUAUAUGUUAUAACAAGUAUACUAUAUAACAUUUUGCUACCGUGGAUUUGCGUAUGUCACAAUACUAUUAAAAGCUACUUUGAUAAAUAACAUAAAAAAUUCUCAAUUUUAGUUGUAAGUGCGCAAGUAAGUUGCAUUUAACAACAUUCAAAAACUUUGGUCUUUUCAAGGUGUUACUGUUCAAAACUAAAAAAAAUAGAGACUGAAUGUUAUAUAUACAAGUAGUAAUUUUUUGUGUGUGUGCUUACUGAAAAUUUUCAUAUCUUCUUUUUAAAAUAGAAGCUUACUACUUGCUGUACCUGAUUAAUGAAAAAAUUAGUUGGGAAAACUACUGUUCUGCAAAGAAUUUCAGCUUGAUUUGCUGUACAUAAAUCCGAAAAUUGUCAGCUUUGGUAACAAGAAAGAUGAUUCUUUAACAGUUGAGCGUUGCUUAUAUAGUGGCAGUAUCUGAGUUAAAAGCAAGGCUCAGCAUGAAUUGAUCUGCCCUUGUCUAUGGCAACCAGCAAGCUCCAAAUAAUACACGAGAUAUACUACUAAUAUAUGAAUGUAUUUUCUGAAUCACGAAUGAUUAAGCACAGAAUUAAUGGGCUACACAUUUCCUAAAGAUGAUGUUAUAUAUGCUAUAUAUAUGUACAUGUAUGCUAUAUUGCAUCUGUUUGGAAGGCUUGGAAGGCAUUUUAGCCUGUUUGCUAUUUUGAAUGUGUGUUAACAUGAUGUACAGGAUAUACCCAAGAAUAUUUUUGCUUCAGCCUUUACUUUCUAUAAUACGGUACUUUGGUACUCCCGAUUUUCACAUUUUCUCCCUCAAUUGUACAGUGUCCUCUCCUAAUGAAUACUAAGUAAGCAUUGUAAUGAUGAUUGCAUUGUAUUGGUUUGAAACCAAAGGCUGUAUGAAAUUUGCUAAGACUAAUACAAACUGGAAGAUAUAACUUGUAUUUUCUACUUAAAAACUGGUACACUUCUCUUUAUAAAUCUAUUGUUCUGCUAUAACUUUUCAAGUAUGUACUGAAUCGUAGACUUUUUAAAAACUACAAUUGGGUAGAAAUGCCUGUGCAGUUGAAAUGAUGUUCUGUGACAUUCAUACUUUUUGUACUAUUAUUCCAUAUUUGUGUAUCUUUAUUUAAACAAUCCUGCCGUUAUUCUUCUAUGCUUUUAUGACAAGUACACGCAGUAGCUUUUUUGGAGCUGCAUUUAGGGGUAUAUCAGUUCUCACAGAUUCCAGUGACUUCAGUAGAGCUAUAUUGAUUUCUACCUGCUAUGGGUUAGUCAUAUGAAUCAGAGAAUCCUAGUAGAACUUUUGUAAUGGCUUUGGAUUAGCGAUGUACAACUGUGACUGAAAAGACAACUGUAAUUUUUGCUUCUGUUUUCAAGAGCUUAAUUUCGUGAAAAUUAUCUUUUUGUGUUGAAACUUCUGAUACUCAUCCUCUGCCCUAGGGUGUGCUUCCAUGCUCCAAAAAUUGUUCAUAGGCUCUUUUUUGCACACAGGUCUGUGGCACGUGGUUAGUCCUCUGUGAGGAGAAUGUACUUUAGCAAAUUUAUAUUUGAAUAUUUUUCCUUGCAACUGAUUUACUUGUUCAAUUUCAAUGACUAAAGAAUUAAACAAAUGCACCAG